AUGGCGGCGACGAUAGCUGUUUUCUCCGGUGGUCUGAAAGUGAAGGCUGGAGUUCUCGCCGUCCAAUUCUCAUCGAUUCCUCUCCGCCGCGAACUCCCUCGGUACUUCUCUUCUUCGGUAGCGACAAUUUCGUCAUCUCUUCGAGUCUCCGCGGUUUACAACCAUUAUCAGCGUCAUCGAAGCUCUUGGCCUCGAGUUACUACUUUCUGCUCGGCGGCUCCCGAUGCAGGUACGACGGUUUCAGCGGAGGAAUCGGAGAAGAAGACCGAAUCGUCCCAGGAGGUUAAGGAGGAGAAUGUGAAGGAGACGGCGAAUCUGUUAGACAUAAAAGUAGGACGAAUUGUGAAAGCUUGGCAACACGAGGAAGCUGAUUCUCUCUAUGUGGAAGAAAUAGACGUCGGCGAAGCUGAGCCUAGAAUCAUCUGCAGUGGUCUCGUCAAAUACGUCCCUCUCGAUCUCCUCCAGGGUGCAUCAGUUGUGGUGCUGGCUAAUCUGAAGCCAAGAAACAUGAGAGGAGUCAAGUCAUGUGGAAUGCUUCUGUGUGCGUCUGACUCGGCUCAUGAGAAUGUUGAGCCUUUGGUUCCACCAGAAGGCUCUGUUCCUGGAGACAGAGUUUGGUUUGGUAACGAAGAAGAUCUGGAGCAGCUUCCUGAGCCAGCACCUCCUAAUAAGGUUGGCAAGAAGAAGAUUUGGGAAUCGGUGCAACCGCAUUUGAAGACUGAUGCUUCUGGAGUUUCGAUGCUCAAGGAGCACUUGAUGCGGACGUCUUCUGGUCUUGUUACUUCCAAAACUUUAAGAAAUGCCAACAUUUCUUAA